ACCUGUUUUGUAAUUGUGACGGAGCUACCGUGAGGAGUACAUCAAAACACCGGUCACUGUAAGCAAAGUUAUUUAACAAGCUAGCGGAGAAAACAGAAGUUCAUUCAGGAGGCGUGUGUCAGUGAUUGUUGAUCACCUUAGAAACUUCUUAAUCGCAAGACGUUAGUGUUUCGGUAGUUAUAAACGUUAGAAGCUCCCUUCACUGUCAUUUAUGGAUCGUAAACGAAAGUAACUGCAAAUCCAGAGGGAUUUAUUAACUUUAUUUGAAGGUUUUCCAGAAGAAAUCAACAUGUUCCCUCUCGACUCUCCGUGGAAUAUCUCUUUCGCUGGCUGUGGCUUUUUGGGUAUUUAUCACAUCGGAGUGGCCAGCUGUCUGCAGGAGCACGCGCCGUUUCUGGUGGAGAAUGCGCGUCACAUUUACGGCGCGAGCGCGGGCGCGCUCACGGCCUCUGCGCUGGUCAGCGGGGCCUGUUUAGGAGAGGCCGGUGCCAACAUCAUUGACGUGGCUAAAGAAGCCCGAAAGCGCAUCCUAGGGCCGAUGCACCCCUCCUUCAACCUGGUGAAGAUCAUCCGGACCAUGAUGCAUCGCACACUACCCCCCGACAGCUACAGCAAGGCCACCGGCCGCCUGGGCAUCUCUCUCACCCGUGUGACGGACGGAGAAAAUGUGCUGAUGACACACUUCAACAGCAACGAGGAACUCGUGCAAGCGUGUAUAUGCAGUACUUACAUUCCCGUGUACUGUGGCCUGAUCCCGCCGACCCUGCAGGGAGUGCGGUAUGUGGACGGUGGCAUCAGUGAUAAUUUGCCUCAGUACGAGCUGAAAAACACCAUCACGGUGUCUCCGUUCUCAGGAGAAAGUGACAUCUGCCCGCGGGACGUCAGCUCAACCAACAUCCAUGAGCUCCGCUUCACCAACACAUCCAUUCAGUUCACGCUGGCCAACCUGUACCGGGUCUCCAGAGCUCUGUUCCCACCUGAUCCAAUGGUGAUGAAGAAUAUGUGCAAGCAGGGAUACAAGGAUGCUUUACACUUCCUUAAGAAGAACGGUCUGUUACAGUAUCGAGGUCCACACCGUAUGCUAGCCAUAGCUGGUGAAGGGGCCGAGGAAGACUCUGACAUUGAGGAUGAGGACGAGUCGGAGAACAGAGAUGACAGAGAAACAGAGUCCCACAAUCUCGCCAGCAUCGAGGAACACAUCUAUGAACACUUGCCUCCUAGAGUACAUAAAGCACUAGUGGAGGCCUGUAGGGAGAGGCGGAGUCUGUUCCAGUCGCUAAGCAACAUGCUGCCUGUCAGAAUGGCAUCUGCCAUCCUGUUACCGUACACACUUCCUCUGGAGUCAGCUCUGUCAGUGAGCAUCAGACUGCUGGAGUGGUUGCCAGAUAUUCAGGAUGAUGUGGGCUGGAUGAAGGAUCAGACAGUGAAGCUGCUGCAGAGUGUUUUAUCACAUGCAGGGAGGAGCGUGUCACAACAGGUGUCGGCUCGCUUUUCUUAUCAGUUGGAAUUGAAACAUUCCCAGUCGGUCCCGGCCAGCUUUAGUGCGGCACGUCUGCUGCCAUCCUGGGUCUACGGGGGCAGCUCCACAGUCCUGGACGCCAUGCUGCGAUUGGACCAGUACCAGCGCCAACUCCUGCCGGGCCUUUUCUGCAUCAAUCUGGACCUCCGAGGGUCUUUCACCACCAGUUCGACCCACCCCAGUGCCUCAAGCGUCCCGAGCCAUCAAGAUGCGAUGGAGGGUCUUACCAUGCGUGCUCUCGGAGACCCUGACUCCAGUCUCCUCCCUUAACCUCCGGGCCUGAAAGACCAUUAUACCCCACAAUGCACUGUGACGAUGAUGCCUAGAAACUUUUGAGUCAAACGUUUCAGUCUGCAUCAGCAAAAAGAAAGCAAAUGCUUUGAAAAUGUUUGAGAAGCUUGAUUCUGCUGAUGAGAAGAGCACGUUCUGACUCCAGACAAUUGAGUGUUCUAUGAGAAAUUCAAAAGAAAAAGAAAAAAGCUAAUUGAGUACUUUAUAUUUAUUCACAGCCGGAGAAAUGUGUCUCAUGGAAGCUUGUUUCCGCCACUAAAUAAAAAAAUAAAAAGGUAAUUGUGACUUUUUAUAUUACAAUUCUGACUUUAUAACUCGCAAUUCCGACUUUAUAACUUGCAAUUCCGACUUUAUAACUCGCAAUUCCGACUUCAUAACUCGCAAUUCUGACUUUAUAACUCGCAAUUCCGACUUUAUAUCUCGCAAUUCCGACUUUAUAACUCACAAUUCCGCCUUCAUAACUCGCAAUUCCAACUUUAUAACUCACAAUUCCGACUUUAUAACUCACAAUUCCAACUUUAUAUCUCGCAAUUCCGACUUUAUAACUCGCAAUUCCGACUUUAUAUCUCACAAUUCCAACUAUAACUCGCAAUUCCGACUUUAUAACUUGCAAUUCCGACUUUAUAUCUCACAAUUCCAACUAUAACGCACAAUUCCGACUUUAUAACUCGCAAUUCCGACUUCUUAAUUACCAAUUCCGACUUUAUAUCUCACAAUUUCCGACUAUAACUCGCAAUUCUGACUUUAUAUCUUGCAAUUUCGACUUUAUAACUCACAAUUCUGACUUUAUAUUUUUAUAACUCUCAAUUCCGACUUUAUAACACGCAAUUCUGACUUUAUAUCUUUCUAACUUGCAAUUCUGAAUUUAUAACGUGCAAUUCUGAGAAAAAAAGUUAUAAAGUCAGAAUUGCGUGAUAAAAACUUUUUUUUUUUUUUGCAAUUGCAAGAAAAAAAGUCUUUAUAUCUUAUAAAUAUUUUAAAAAGAUUUUAUAUCUCGCAAUUCUGACUUUAUAACUCGCAAUUCUGAGAAAAAAAUUUAGAAUUGUGAGAUAAAAAGUCGCAAUUACCCUUUUCAUUUCAUAUUUAAUGGCGGAAUCAAGCUUCCAUAGUAUCUGGAUGUUUCUGGAAGCAAUCCUGCAUUCAUUUCAAAUUCCUCUCAGAAUGUUCUUGGAUGUGUGUUGCGUGUCCUGGUUCAUCAGUAUUUAUGUUUUGAAGGAUGGUUCGGCACGGCUGUGUGAACCUCAGCAUAGUUACGAACCUGAAAAAGUAAAGUGAUCUGGAUCGAAGGUGAUCUACUCUGUAUGUCUAAAGGUUUAUGCAUGUCGACUGAUUAAAAGCAAACCAUGUGACCAUAUGCCCUGGCAAUGCAACCAUCAAUGCUGCUACCGUACUGUACUGUCAUGUGACUGUGUGUUAAAAAGCAUGUUUCUUGCUACAUUUUUUCAUAUGGCUUGUGCCUUAUUGAUUGUCGGUUUUUGUAAACGGUUUGCCAGACACAGAUUAAGAUUAGUGCUGGACUGAGCUAAUCUGUUAAUCUAUUGUAAAUGCUUCAAAAUCUGGGAUUUGGCUUUUAGUGUGAGCCAGACAGUAAAGUACACCUCCUAAUCUGCACUUCUGCUCACAUAUCAAGUCAUCGGUAUUCUCAUGUAAAUGUUUAACAGACCUAAUAAAGUUUUUGACAUAAAAUUCAA